AUGUCCACAAAAAUCAUUACGACACUAGGACCAGCAAGUGGAAACGCGGAAGUUUUACAAUAUUUCAAAGAGCAUUCAGUAGAAAUUGCUCGUUUGAAUGGUUCGCAUGGGAUCAUCGAAGAACACAUUCGAGUUGCUAAUUUAGCAACGAGUGCCGGCUUAGAUUUGAUGCUUGAUUUGCCCGGACCGAAGAUUCGUCUAGGAGAAAUUCAUGACAAGUUACUUGCGGUGAAAACCGGAGAGAAAGUUUUUAUUGAGAAAGAAACGGAGAACAGUAGUGUAGAAAACGAUAUGAAAACUCUUCCGUGUCAGUUUCCAAUUGAAAAAUCCACAAAAGUCAGCGAUAUUGUCUAUGUUGAUGAUGGGAAAUUACAGUUUCGAGUCCUUAAAGUAGAACAUAAUCGUAUACAAGCCGAAGCACUCAACAGUGGACCCGUGAAAAGUCAUAAAGGUGUCAACUUACCUUACGGUAAAAUCGAUAUCGACUUUCUCACUGAGAACGAUCAUCGUCUUAUUGAUAAACUACUACCAAUUAUCAAGCCGAAAUAUGUCGCGACAUCAUUUGUAAAAACUGUCAACGAUAUUUAUCGUUUAAAACAAGCCAUACAUGAAUCUCUUGGACAGGAGAAAAACUAUUAUCCCAAAGUAAUUGCGAAAAUUGAAAUGCUCGAAGCGAUUGAACCAACAAAUUUAACGAAUCUCAUUCACGAAUGUGACAUGAUCAUGAUUGCACGCGGUGAUCUCGCUUUGGAAACAACUCCUGUGCACAUUCGCGUGCCAUUCAUACAAGCAGAUAUUGUUCGAUGUUGUCAACAGCAGCAGAAACCCUUUAUCGUCGCUACGCAAAUACUCGAAUCGAUGAUUACAUGUCCAGUGCCGACUCGUGCUGAAGUUUCGGAUCUCUAUCGAGCAGUUGUAUUAGAUCAAGCGAAUUACGUGAUGUUGUCGGGUGAAGUGGCCGUUGGACAAUACCCUAAAGAAUGUGUAACAAUCAUGCACGAUCUCAUUCAUUACACCGAGAUAACUCGAAAACCGGCCAAAAGUCGAACGAAAAGAAAACUUUCCUAG